AUGGUGAAAAGAAUGAGGAUAGAAGAAGCAAAACCUACAAGAAUAGCCCUUCAACUAGCAGAUAGGACCUUCAAAUUUCCCCAUGGUGUGGUGGAGGAUUUGUUGGUAAAAGUGGGAGAGUUUAUCUUCGUAGCUGAUUUUGUUGUGCUUGAUAUGGAGGAAGAAGCUAACACCUCAAUCAUCCUAGGAGGGCCAUUUCUAGCUACUGCUGGAGCCAUAAUUGAUGUUCAAAAAGGGGAGCUAGUCUUAAGAUUACAUGAAGAGAAGAUGGUAUUCAAUGUCUUCAAGGCAAUGAACUACCCUAAGGAAUCCAUUGGUGAAUGCAUGAUGGUGGACACAAUUGAAAAUCUAGUUCAAGGAGUCCUAGAGGAAGAACAAUGUGAAGAAAUCAAAGAGCAAGAUCAACAAGCCUCAUGUGGUGAGCUACCACUAUAG